GUGAGAGGAGUGCGCAUGCGCGGCGCGUCCUGCCCUCUCCGCCUGUUUCUCCUUCAGUGUGUCCUCCUCUCUCAGAACCGGAGUCCCGCAGCCCGGAGACCGGAGACCAGAGCACGAGCGAUACCUGAGAAAGGAGCAAAGCAGGGUUUAAAGACGGACAGAAUGGAGGACGUGAAGAAAGGGAAGGAGACGCAGAUGAAAGAGAGUAAGCCCUGCUCUCACUGCCAGACCAAGAAGUGCGCUAGCAUGGCCGUCCCUCCUGCGUACGCUGACCUCGGCAAAUCCGCCAAAGAUAUCUUCAGCAAGGGAUAUGGAUUCGGGACGGUUAAACUGGACCUCAAGACCAAAUCUCAGAGUGGAGUCGAGUUCUCCACCGGUGGCUCCAGUAACACAGACACAGGGAAAGCGUCGGGGAAUCUGGAGACCAAGUAUAAAGUGAAGGAUCUUGGUCUGAACUUUAAUCAGAAAUGGAACACUGAUAACACUCUGACCACCGAGAUCUCCAUGGAGGACCAGCUGGCUAAGGGUCUGAAGCUGGGUCUGGACACCUCCUUUGUUCCCAACACCGGGAAGAAGAGUGCUAAGCUGAAGACGGGUUAUAAGCGGGAGUAUAUGAAUGUAGGUUGUGAUAUAGAUUUUGAUCUGGCGGGUCCUACGGUUCACGCUGCAGCAGUGCUGGGGUACGAGGGGUGGCUCGCCGGGUAUCAGAUGGCGUUUGAUACGGCAAAAUCCAAACUGGCCCAGAACAACUUCGCUCUGGGAUACAAGGCUGGAGAUUUCCAGCUGCACACCAACGUUAAUGAUGGAACGGAGUUUGGAGGCUCUAUCUAUCAGAAGGUGAACAGUGAGCUGGAGACGGCGGUGAAUCUGGCGUGGACGGCCGGCAGCAACAACACGCGCUUCGGCAUCGCCGCUAAAUACCAACUCGACAAGGACGCGUCCAUCUCUGCUAAAGUAAACAAUGCUAGUCUGGUUGGAGUGGGAUACACACAGGCUCUGCGACCAGGUGUGAAGCUCACUCUCUCUGCUCUGAUUGAUGCUAAGAACUUCAACGCUGGGGGGCACAAGGUGGGGAUGGGCUUCGAGCUGGAGGUGUGAAGAGAGAGAGAGAGAGAGAGAGAGAGAGAGAGAUCAGCAGCAGCAGGAAGACGAGAGGAACAGACAGAAACCACGACACGACCGAUCAUACAGACCUCCACCCUCAGACUCCACCUUUAUAGCUGCAUCUUCAGGUCUCUGACUCUCAGUCUACUCUACACCAGGGUUCAGACUGCAGCCAGUCACGUGACCGGCGCUGCACCCCCCCUCACACGUCUCACCAUCCACUCCACCUUCUGAUUAUAAACGUGAUUUUAGUUCCUCUGUCCUGAAGGUUUAAGGUUCUUUUAUAAAGCUGUGUGAUGUUGGAUUGUUUAGGAUGAUGUUCGUGUGUUUAAUUUCACAAAAUCUGAUCACAGCAGAUUCACUGUUCAGUAUCAGACAAGAUAACAGUCUGGUGUGAGUGAAUCUUCAGUUAGAGCUGCACGAUAUUGGGGAAAAAUUACAAUAAAUUGUGAUAUUUUGUUGUUCUGUGAUUUAAAUUUUGCAUUGUUCCUACAUGUCACAAUAUUUUGAGUAAAAUAAAUUAUAUUUGGUCGAUAUUUCUUUGUAUUGAGCAGCAAAAAAAGUAAAAAAAAAAAAAAAAAGUGUAAUAACAUUGCACAUUGGGAUAUCGAUACUAAAGCGAUUUAUCGCGCAGCUCUAUCUUCAGUAUCCUGUUGUUUAGAGAACAAAGUUUAAGGGAAUCCUCAUCUGAAAAACGUCCAACCCCGUCUCUUCAUAUCUCUGUGUGUAAAAAUCUUUUGAUUCUUUGUCAUUUUUAUUGCCAAACACAAAAAAACACAUAAUAUUUAAUCAUCAUUUCUUCACUGACCCAUCUGUGUUUCAGUAGGAGUUGGAGAGAUAAAGGGAGCGUUUCCUCUUUAUGUUUUUCUCUUUUUCUUCAUGUUUAAUUCUGUGUUGUGCUGGAUGAUGACUAGAUUUAAGAAAUUGAUAAACUGAUCUGUUCUGGAACCCAAUAAAGAGAGGAACGAUGA